AAAGAAUUUGGAUAAGGAUCCACUAUUUUUUUUCCUUCUUUCUUUCUUCCUCAUCCCGUGUGCUUCUGCUCUUCCCGACCCCCCCUGCAGCCGAACAAGGAGCAAGCAAGCCGACAGCCAUGCCUUGAGGAAACCGGUAGGAAGCUUGGUAUUUUCCCCUUCCUUUCUUGUUCUAGAACCCAUAUAGAACCUAUAAAUCUCUCCCCCUCUGCUGAAAUUCCAGAUCUGCUCGGUUUCUCUCCCUCCCCUGUCCGUGAGCUGCAGCUGGUGAUGCGAAAUUCUGGGCUUUUUUCGCUUGCUGCUGGCUUCUUCUCCCCUGCCAGGUCCGGUUCUGCUGGCUGGAAAAUUAUGAACAAUCCCAUGAAAUUAGCUAGUGUUUUGGCCAAUUUUGGAAGUGCAGUUACUGUUCACGGCGUGAGCACUGUUAACGCACUGAUGGCCAACAAUUAACGGGAAUUAAAUGAUUAGUUUGUAAUAUAAGAGCAAAUUUGGAGAUGUCCGAUAAUGUGGAGGUUGAUAGAAAUAGCAUCCUGAUUAAGGGGUAGUCAUGGUGAUUUUACUUUUGAAUCCGUAGUACGAUGAUUAAUUUUUGGAUAUUUUGAUUAGGUUCCUGAUCGUUCUGUCAAUUUAGCACUGAGAUCGAGUCUUCGGUUUUAUGUGAGUGAGGUAAGUAAAUUUAUGGUAAUGCCCGUACAGUUUUUAAAAGCAUGUUUUGACUUGUUUUUGAAGUGGUGGCGGAACUAAACCUAUUUUAUACAAAAGUAAGUAUGACUGAUUUGAAGUGAAAUUUUAUGCUUUUCAUUAAAUUGAGCAUGCAUACUUGAAAUUUAAUUGAUUGUCCCGAUGAUUUGAAAGUGAUUGGUGAAUUAUGAUUUUUCUGUUAACUUCUGCCUGUUUUGUCUCCGAUGUGGUGAUAUUAUUAAUGAUCCUGCUAGUGGGGGUUAAACGCUAGCACAUGUCGACAUGUUAUUGAUAGAACCGGUUCGUUCGAGUGACCGUGCUAGUGGGGGUUAUACAUUAGCAAAUAGUGUAGCCUGCCAGUGGGAGGUUUAUAACACUGGCCAUGAUCUAUAGAGGAGACGUCUAUUUCAUUCUCGUAUUGUAUCCGUUUUUCGUGCUUAUAUUUGUUGGCUUGCUAUAAGUUUAAUUAAGGGCUAUCCAUAUUUUAUUUAUUGAAUUUAUCUCAUAGUUUUUCCUUAUCCACCAUUUAAGGAAGCGAAACCGAGGAUGAGAAACCACGGGAAGUGACAAGUUAGAAGGCUAGCCAUUUCGAAAUUGAUAUAGAUUUUAGAUAUAGAUCAUGAUCUUGUAAACUAGAUUUUAAUUGGAGAUUUUAUAAUUUCAUUGAAUGGAUUGUUAGUUACAAUGGAUUUUACCUUGAGAUUUUGAGCUUAAGUGUUGGACAUAUAAUUAAUUUGAAAUAUCUGA